AUGAUCAGAUCUCUCGCGUUCAUUGAGGAUAUUAGUGCAAGAGAGAGUGGGUCAUUGCCUCCAUGUACCAUCGAACACGAUCGAGUGGCAGUCCGUCUCGAUUCUCGUGGAGUAAAGCUCUCCUUCAAGCGAACCAUUCCGAGACAGAAACGCGCCACCAGCCCCAAUAGUAUCGUCGAGGCUGAUAACUCAAUCAGUGAAAUGGCUUCGGUAUCGGUAACCGAAGAGUACAUCAACGAGAUACUUUACGACCUGACAGAGAGUGGGAACGUCCUUUUUCAUUUGCACGAAAUCCCUAAAAUCCAGGAUAUCCUUCGAACGCGCUGUAGCAACGAGCACUGUCUCGGAUCCUAUGCAGAUUUAAAGGGGGCAAUGGAUGGUUCAGGGCAUCUCGACAGCAGUGUUGUCUCUCCAAUACGAGUAGAGAUUUUUACUAAUCACGCAAGGCUCCACCUCUCGUUGAAUACGGUAUUGUCUUAUGAGAACCGCGCUGCUCACCAUCGCAUACCAUAUCUUCGCUUUGGAACAAUCAUAACGAUGCGCCUCAUGGAACUGAACAUCAGUGCCUCUGAUGGUGCGUACUACAGAUGGACGGCACGCUACGAAAUCACUGCUCUCAAGGUACAUAGCGUGCACACCGACUUUGAGGGGCUCAAAGGUAUUGCCGAGCAUCUUGAGGAACAUAUCAAUCUUCAUCGGGUCGAAAUCGAGGUUAGUUAUUGGCAUUUUCAGAUAAAAAACCUCCUGAGAACCUUUCGGAAUUCACAUAAGUUGUCAUCUGGAGGUAUGGCAUGGCAGCAGUUUUUAAGGUCAGUAAGCGCUGGCGCGCAGGCGCGGGUAGGGUGUUAG